AUGUCAGAAGAAAUUGAAAAAGUAGAAAUUCCAGGUAAAUUUGGUUUCGGAACAAUGAGUCUUACAUGGACUCCUAAUCCACAACCAAUUGAAAAAUCAGUUGAAACUAUAAAAUAUAUUACAUCACAUCCAGAAUUUGGUACAAAACUUAUAAACUUAGGAGAGUUUUAUGGUCCUGAUGAUGCUAAUUUAAAAUUAUUUCAAAAAUUUUUAGAAUCAAGUGAUCCAAAAUUGAAUGAAAGUUUGAUAGUUUCUAUUAAGGGAGGUUGUGAUGUUAAAACUUUAGCUCCAGAUGGAUCUAAGAAAAGUGUUUCAAAAUCUAUCGAAAAUAUUGUUUCAUAUUUCCCAAAGGAACAUAGACCGAAAUUAUUAUUUCAAAUUGCAAGAGUUGAUAAAAGAGUUCCAUAUGAGGAGACAAUUGGCUACAUUAAAGAAUACGUUGAAAAGGGAGUUAUAGAUGGUAUUUCAUUAUCAGAAGUUGGUAAGGAAUCAAUUUCCAAGGCAUUAAAAGUAGCUCCAGUAUCAUGUGUUGAAUUAGAAUUAUCAUUAUUUUCCCAAGACUUAAUAGAUAACGGAAUCUUGUCAUAUUUAUCAGAACAACAAAUUCCAAUCAUUGCUUAUUCACCACUUUGUAGAGGUUUGUUAACUGAUUCAACUGUUGAAAAUUCAGAUACUUUUCUUUCCAGUAUCCCAAAAGGUGAUAUAAGACAUCAUUUAGAUAAAUUUAAACCAGAUAUUUUUAAACAUAAUUUACCAACUUUGAAAAAACUUUAUGAUUUUGCUCAUAAUGUUAAAAAUACAUCUUUAGAAAGUUUAUCAUUAUCUUGGAUUUUAAAAUUAUCUGGUCAAAAAAACUUCAAAGGGAUUGAAAAAGUUACUAGAAUUUUACCUAUUCCAUCUGGUUCAACUCCUAAAAGAAUUGAAUCUAAUUUUGGUAGUAUUGUUGAAUUAAGUGAUAAUGAUUUAGAAGAGAUUGAAAAAAUUAUAAAAGAAAAUCCUGUAAAAGGAUUUAGAUAUAAUGAACAAUUAGAAGGUACUUUAUUUCAAUAG